CAGCUAGCAACAUAAUCCAGGUACUAUAAAUCCUAAAGUGGUCCGUUUGCCACUGAUCCCUCAAUUCUCAAUGUUCAAUGUUUUCAUUGAUUUGACAACAAGGAACUUCCCCUCUUUUCACAAAAUAUACUUUAUAAUUUACCCAUUAUGUAUGGUGUGUGACUCAAAUAUUUACAGGUUGUUCUUAUUUCUGGCAGAUCACAUUGGGUUUUAAAUGAAUAUGUCAAGUUCAAUGUUUAAUUUGUUUUCAUCUUUCUAUUUCUAGUUUCUUAGUAUAUUGUGUGACGGAGUACCGGCGGGGCAGUGCCAUUUUGUUUUAGGAUUAACACUGCACAUAUAAGCCAUGUGGGUUGUUUGUUUCAACUGCUCUCCUGCAGCAUCAGGCAGCAUGACAACCCAGGGAUGGAUUCUGGCAUUCUGCUUUUCACUGGCCUCAGUUUUUGGCACAGUGGAAUUGUUCGAGACCAAAGAAACACAGACUUACACUUGCAGAACAUUUGGCAGCGGGGUCGUCCAGCCUUUUAAGGGGGAGACUUACUAUGUUCGGUCCGACUGCCCGUUCACACUCACAAGCUUCACCGUCAACCGGGAGGAAUAUUCUGUCAGCAUACGACGAGGACACAACGGGCUGUUGGUCCAAGUCGAGAUCAUCAUCAACAAAGUCAUGACACUUUUGCAGAAUGGCCAAAUCCUGGUGCAGAACAAAAGUGCUUCCCAUCAAUGCAACCGAAAAUACCAGAAUAUCUUUAAAUACGGCAUCUACACUAGACUGAGAAGCACGGUGCUUCCUUUUACUGUCACCUGGCACAAUGUACAUGGGGGAAUAAACUCUAUGUGGGUGACACUGGAGUCUGAGCUGAGCGCCGACAUGUCUGGACUGUGUGGACAACAAAAAGUUGCAGCCCACAGGCACGAGUUGAUCAGAGACAGCAAGCUUGAUCACCACAAAUGUAAAACCAGAGAUCCUGUGAUGCAAGAAAAUCAUAUGUGCCGUCAAUUCUUUCUGGAAACCAAGGACUGUCUGCAAGACAACAAUCGUCACUAUCACCGACUCUGUAAAGAGAACAUUUUUGGCUUUGAAAAUAGCCAGAGCAUCUACUGUCCUUUGUUCCAAGAAGUUGCAAGCCAGUGUAGCCAAUCAAGUAUCAACCCAUUUUGGAGACGCUUAACCAGAUGCGCGAAACCAAGUUGCCCAGGACACCUGAUUUAUGAGAAAAAGGGUCCAGCAUUUAUUCACAGCUGCUCCAACCCGAAACCUUCACCCUUCUACCAGGAACUCACUGAAACCUGUGCCUGUCCAAAGGGUAAAGUUUUGAAUAAUGGUGCUAAGGGCCAUCACUGUAUUCCUAAGUCUAGCUGCUCUUGUGAGUUUGCUGGCAAAAGCUACGGAAACGGAGAAAUACGAAGUUCCAAGUGUCAGUCAUGUAAGUGUCAUGGAGUGAAAUGGCGAUGCUCAGAGAACUUUUGCAAGAAAAGAUGUGUCAUUGAAGGCCAGUUUGUAACAACAUUUGAUGGCAAACAAUAUGUCCUUCCUCAAAAAUGUUCAUAUGUUGCUUCACAGGGUCCCAACUGGAAAAUAGAAAUACAUUUUUCGCGAAAAAGACUCUUUCUAAGAAAGGCUACAGUUCAGCUCUCAGAGGAACUGUUUGUAUUCAAAAAGAACAAGGUCAUGUGGAAUGGGCGUGAGAUGACUCAAUUCCAUCAGUUUGGUAAAGAAAAUUGUCAUGCUCAGAUUUACUGGGUGUCCUCCAUGUUCGUCCAAGUCCACACAACCUCUGGUUUAAACUUCCAAAUUCAGCUGUCUCCUGAAAUCCAGCUGUUCAUCGACGCACCCGACAAGUCCAAAGACAAGAUCAAAGGUCUUUGUGGCAAUAGCAACAGUGAUACCACAGAUGACUUCACCACCAACAGGGGGAUCAUUGGGAACUCAGCUAAACCCUUUGCUCUGUCCUGGAGUUUGGGUAAUUGUCAUGAGAACAUACCCACCACCUGCACCAACCGUGAAAAUGAGAAUUAUGCUCAUGAAAAGUGUGCAAGUGUGUUAAACCACCCAACUGGGAUAUUUGCUGUGUGCCACCCUCAUAUCCUAACUGAUUACUACUACACGGCUUGCAUUCAAAGAAUAUGUAACUCUGGCAGAAGUCGGAGAGAGGCCUUGUGUAUUAGUCUGGCCAGCUAUGCCAAAGUCUGCGCCGGGGUGGGUGUUGUUAUUGGUGACUGGAGGAGAAACACAGGCUGCACAUAAAGGUAGGCAGGAAACUGAGGGUGGAGGAGAACAAUUGCUGUCAGGAGAAGACCUCGGAGACGAAAACACCUUCUGCAAUAUGCUACCACCCUGUGACCAAAAGAAGAGAGGAAAAAACAUUCACCUACUAGCACAUCACCUCUUGUGAGUGCAGGCUCUGUAAGACAAAACACUGAAGAAAUACUGUUAGCGCAGACUACAAUAAGCCUUUUUAUCCUGUUUCCUUUUUUAAUCAAAAUAUAAAGUACUCAAAUUGUUUUUAGUGUAUCCACUAUUUAUCAAAAUUCCUCAUUUUAUUCAUUCUGAAAAGCAAUUUUCUUUUAGUCAAAUAAAAGUAAUAAUUGUCACUCA